UAUCCAAUUUAAAAACCAAAAUGAAAACUAGGGGGCAAGUUUUUGCACUUUUAGUGCUUAUUUCUGUUCUAUUAUACGCAGCUCAAGCUGAAGCUCAAGCUCAAACAAAACUCGGUUGCCCUGAUAGGUGUGGUGAUGUUAGCAUUCCAUACCCAUUUGGUGUUGGAGAAGGGUGCUACCUUGAUAAAAGCUUCCAAAUAACCUGCAACUCCUCCUCCAGCCAACCAUUCUUACACCAUAACGGCAGUAUUUCAGCUCUUCUUUCAAUUUCGACCGGUAACGGAGAGCUCAGCGUUUUAUCAUCAAUGGUCUCCGAUUGCUACGACGAUCCUUCUCCGAUGCCCGAUUUGAUUACACUUAAUUUCUCUCCCUUCACAAUUUCAAGCACCAGAAAUAAAAUGGUGGCCGUAGGAUGUGAUACUAUUGCUGUCGUCGGUGGAUCGUUGGAUUCUAACAUCACCGGUUGUUUAUCUCAGUGUUCUGAUAUUCGUAACGUUACCAAUAGUUCUUGUAUUGGUCAAGGUUGCUGCGAAACCACCAUAAAUACAGGUAAUACAGCAAUUGCUAUUGCGACCAGUAGCUACCAGAAUUACACAAAUGUAUCAACCUUCAGUCCAUGCAGCUACGCAUUUAUGGUUGAAGAGGGAAAGUACAGCUUCUCUUCUACUGAUCUUUUGAAUUUGAAAAAGGGAAAACAAUUUCCUGUGAUUCUUGAAUGGGGUAUUGGAAAUACAACUUGCGAAGAAGGUCGAAGAAACAAAGAAUUAUACGCUUGUAAACACAACAGUGAGUGCUAUGAUCUUGAUUAUGAUUUUGGCUAUCGAUGCAACUGUUCUGUAGGUUACCAAGGAAAUCCCUAUCUACCAGAUGGCUGCAAAAAUAUUAAUGAAUGUUUGGAUCCUCAUCUGAAUCAAUGCUUGGAGAAGAAGUCUUGUAAGGACACAAUUGGAAAUUACACAUGUUCUUGCCCUGAGGGAAAUCAAGGAGAUGGCAAAAUAGGAGGACAAGGUUGCUCUAACAAUCAACAACCAGGCAAACAGAUAAUUCUUGGUGUGAGUAUAGGCAUCCUCAUCCUUCUUUUGGCAGUAUCUUGGCUAUACUUUGUGUUGAGAAAAAGGAGACUUAUUAAACUGAAAGAAAAAUAUUUCCAAGAAAAUGGUGGUUAUUUGUUCAUGCAAAAAAACUCUGAACAAGGCCAAAGUUCCACAAAAGCAGCUAAAAUAUAUACUGAAAAUGACCUGAAAAAAGCGACAGAUAACUACCAUGAAAGCUUAAUUUUAGGUAAAGGUGGACAAGGUACAGUCUAUAAAGGUACACUACCAGAUAAUCAAAUAGUUGCUGUCAAGAAAUCAAAAAUAGGAGAUGACACCCAAGUUGAAGGAUUCAUUAAUGAAGUUAUGAUUUUAUCUCAAAUCAAUCAUAGAAAUAUAGUCAAACUGUUAGGUUGCUGCUUGGAGACUCGAGUCCCAUUGCUCGUUUAUGAGUUCGUAACGAAUGGAACCCUAUUUGAUCAUAUUCAUAAUACUAAUGGUACCAAUGGGAGAAUUUUAAUUCCUUGGGAAACACGUUUAAGAAUAGCGACUGAAGUUGCGGAAGCACUUUCGUACAUGCAUUCGGCUGCUUCUACUCCUAUUAUUCAUCGCGAUGUGAAGUCUGCAAAUAUACUUCUAGACAAGAAUUACACUGCAAAAGUAUCUGAUUUCGGAGCUUCGAAGUUGAUUCCUUUAGACAAAUACGAGUUGACCACAUUAGUGCAAGGAACUCUUGGAUAUUUAGAUCCUGAAUACUUGCAUUCGAGCCAAUUGACUGAAAAGAGCGAUGUUUAUAGUUUCGGAGUUGUUCUUAUAGAACUAUUGACAAGAAAGAGGCCGAUAUCUUUUACGAGGAUAGAAGAAGAGAGGAAUUUGGCAAUGCAUUUUAUUACUUCAAUUCAAGAAAAUCGAUUGCUUCAAGUUGUUGAUUAUCUAUUACUAGAUGAGAAGAAUAUUAAUGACGUAAAGAGAGUCGCAAUGCUGGCUAAAAGAUGUGUGAGUGUGAAAGGGGAUGAAAGGCCUAAAAUGAAGGAUGUGGCAAUUGAAUUAAGAGGUUUAUGUUCGACAGAAAAUCAUCCAUGGGAGAAAAAUGAUCUAUUAUAUGAACAAGAAACUCAAGAAUUGCUUCCGAAUUCAUCUAAAAGUGCAGUAGAUUCUACGAGUGAUAGUAUGGUGAAAUCAGUCAUAUUCGAAAUUGGAAGUGGGCGUUGAUUGUGUUAUGAUAUUCAUAUGUGGUUUGUACUUUCUAGUUUGAUUUGUUAAAAAUAUUGUUGUUUAAAGUAUUUAGGUUUUUGUUUAAGCUAUCAGUAUUUUUAUUGUUCA